CACAAGAUAGCAGUAAACAACAUACGACAUUGGAAACAUGCAGAUAGCAGUGUGGGUAGCUCUUUGUGGAAUUAUAGCAACCUGCCUCGGGUCUCCAUUGACGACCCUCGAUCCCGAUACUACCUGUUACUAUGGAAGCAAGGCCUUCGCCAUCGGGGAUACGUUCAUGAAGAGCGCGUGUCAGCCUUGUGUGUGUGCUGAAGGUCGCUCAGUCAACUGUGUGUACAUCACCUGUGCACCGACACAUUGUGUCAACCCAACUUACCUGUCUACCCAGUGCUGUCGGGAGUGCCCAGAUGGCCUUAACUGUCAACAUGGUGACAAGAUCAUCAAGGAGGGGGAGGUGUACACGGACGGGGGUGUGACCUGUCGGUGUCAGUUCGUCCCCCAGCAGUACGGCCCCGCCUACCGAGCUGUCUGUAACAGCACCCACAUCUAAAGUACAGCACGCACUGAUGACAAUAAAGUAGAGGAUGCCAUG